AUGGACUCAUCCAAGCCCGCUCUCUUCCUGCGCAAGACAUGGGCCAUGCUCGAAGCGUGUCCGCCCCACGUUGCUGCGUGGACGAAUGGCGGCGCGUCGUUCGUGAUCAAGCUGCCCAAGGAAUUUGCAGCUACGAUGUUGCCCAAGUACUUCAAGCACAGAAACUUUCACAGCUUUGUGCGGCAGCUCAACUUUUACGGGUUCCGCAAGGCCAAGACAGACGUGUUGGUCGUGGCGUUGCUUGCAAAUGAAGUCAAAACUUCAAGCUCAUGGGAGUUUCAUCACAACUUGUUUCACCAAUUCCGUCCCCACCUCAUGGCAGCCAUCACGCGCAAGACCAAGAAGACACCACACGACGAUACUACUCGAAACAUUUCAACCUACGACCAGACCAAACACGAGCUGAGGGCGGAAGUGGGAAGUAUCCGAGCGCAGCUGGCAACUCUGACCGACCAAGUGGCGUACUUAACGCGGCUCAUGGACGAACAGCAGCAUCAACAUACAUCCGACCAUUACACGUAUCCUUGUUAUGACACCCAAUUAAGAUAG